AAGGGGUUGGUGAGAGCAUAUCGUGUUGGUGUGGGUAGGGAGUCAAACAAUCAAGUCCUCCUCCUCCUCCACCUACACCCGCCACCAACUCCACCUCGUCUUCUCACCUCUCCUACCUUCCCAGCAACCAAACCCCUUCGCCCCCAUCGUUGUAAGAGAGGCAAGACGAAGAGAGGAAACCCACUGAGGAAAUUCCUCUUCUGAAGCAGAAGAAAUGGCCCAAGUGAUCAGAAUCCCAGGUGGGUCUCCCGCCGCCCAGGUUUCCGGCAAUUCCGCUGUUUCCUCCUCCAGACCCACCACGAGAUUCAACGCCCUCGGGUCAUUCCCCGUGAGGUCACAGUUCCUGGGCUCGAAGCUCCUCAGCAAUGUGUCUCUCAGGGCAGCAGUCAGUGCCAGUCCCCUACCUCUCAGGGUCUCCGCAUCGGUGGCCACCGCAGAGAAGCCGUCGAAGGUGCCAGAGAUUGUGCUGGAACCCAUUAAGGAGAUCUCCGGCACCGUGAGGCUGCCCGGAUCCAAGUCUCUCUCAAACCGGAUUCUGCUCCUCGCUGCCCUGUCUGAGGGAACGACUGUUGUAGACAACCUUUUGGAUAGUGAUGACAUCCAUUACAUGCUUGGGGCAUUGAGAACUCUCGGCCUAAAAGUUGAGGAUGACAAGGCCCUUAGACAGGCAGUUGUUGAAGGGUGCAGUGGGCUCUUCCCGGUGGGUAGGGAGCCGAAAGAUGAAGUUCAGCUCUUCCUUGGGAAUGCUGGUACAGCAAUGCGCCCACUUACAGCUGCUCUUGCUGCUGCUGGUGGAAACUCAAGUUAUGUUCUUGAUGGAGUUCCUCGAAUGAGAGAGAGACCGAUUGGAGAUUUGGUGGAUGCUCUUAAACAGCUUGGAGUGGAUGCUGAUUGUUUUCAAGGCACAAACUGUCCUCCUGUUCGAAUAAACGGAAAAGGUGGCCUUCCAGGUGGGAAGGUGAAAUUAUCUGGAUCUAUCAGCAGUCAGUACUUGACUGCUCUGCUGAUGGCAGCUCCUUUAUCUCUUGGAGUAGUGGAAAUCGAGAUCAUUGAUAAACUCAUAUCGGUUCCUUACGUGGAGAUGACCUUGAAGUUGAUGGAGCGGUUUGGAGUUUUUGUGGAGCAUAAUGAGAGUUGGGAUCGGUUCUUGAUCCGAGGAGGGCAAAAAUACAAGACUCCUGGAAGUGCUUAUGUUGAGGGUGAUGCUUCAAGCGCAAGUUACUUCCUUGCUGGUGCUGCGGUCACUGGUGGGACUGUCACUGUUGAAGGUUGUGGCUCAAACAGUUUACAGGGAGAUGUGAAGUUUGCUGAAGUUCUCGAGAAGAUGGGGGCCAAGGUGACCUGGACAGAGAACAGUGUCACAGUGACUGGACCACCACGAGACUCUUUCAGGAGAAAACACCUGAGAGCCAUUGAUGUAAACAUGAAUAAGAUGCCUGACGUUGCCAUGACUCUUGCUGUGGUUGCACUCUUCGCCGAUGGUCCCACUGCCAUCAGAGAUGUGGCGAGUUGGAGGGUGAAAGAGACUGAACGUAUGAUCGCCAUUUGCACGGAGCUCAAAAAGCUGGGAGCGACAGUUGAGGAAGGACCUGACUACUGCAUCAUAACUCCUCCAGAGAGACUGAACGUCGCAGCUAUAGACACUUACGAUGAUCAUCGGAUGGCCAUGACUUUCUCACUUGCGGCCUGUGCCGAAGUGCCGGUCACCAUCAAGGACCCGAGUUGCACUCGGAAAACCUUCCCCAACUACUUUGAAGUUCUCGAGAGCGUGACAAAGCAUUAAGUUGAAGCCAAGAGAAGAAAAAGGUGCUCCCUUGUUUCCUCCUGCCCACAAAACUCACAAGCCUUAUCAGGUAUAAAAAUGCCCCAUGAAUUAAGCCUACAUUAUGUACUUAGUCAAUCCAAAACAUAUAACUAGGUUAUGAAGGAGCAUCUUCGAAUGCUCCCUGAAAACCAAACAGCCUUAUGCUAUAUCACUGGAGUCCCAGCAAGAUCACUGGAGUCCCAGCAAGCCUUAAGCCUUGCCCAAGCACUUGCUAGGUUUGGUAGGCCGAAUAAGAGACCGGAUGGGAUUUCUAAAAUCCUAAUCCUGAUAGGCGGCGUUGUUGCCCCAUAUGAAAGUAUGCCAAUCAAGAACCCAACUUGAUGCA